CGCCAUGAAUACCGACGAGCAGUAUUACGCCUCUAGCCAGCUCUUCAAGGAGCCCUGCGCCUUCCAGAGAUCCCAGCCACAGGAUUACAGCCAGAGCCCUCCCGCCUGCCUCUACAUGGGCAGGCAGCAGCCGGAGCCUCCCUACCCCAGUGCUUUGGCGGGCCUGGAACAAGGCAGCCCGCCGGACAUCUCCCCCUACGAGGUGCCCCCCAUCACAGAAGACCCGGGCCUCUCCCAUCUCCAUCCCCACCACCAGCAUCCUCACCAUGCCCACCACCCUCAGCUGCCUCACCCGCACCAAGAAGCUCUGCCCUUCGGAGAGGGGAUGGAGCCUGGCGCUUUGGAGGAACCCAGAGCUCCGUUGCCCUUCCCUUGGAUGAAAUCCACCAAGUCCCACGCCUGGAAGGGCCAGUGGGUUGGCACGGGUGGCUCCUUCGUGGUGGAGCCGGAGGAGAACAAGCGGACGCGGACGGCCUACACGCGAGCGCAGCUGCUGGAGCUGGAGAAGGAGUUCCUCUUCAACAAGUACAUCUCCCGGCCGCGGCGGGUGGAGCUGGCCGUCAUGCUGAACUUGACGGAGCGCCACAUCAAGAUCUGGUUCCAGAACCGCCGCAUGAAGUGGAAGAAGGAGGAGGACAAGAAGCGGGGCGGCGGCGGAGGUGCUGCAGGUGGCGGCGGAGGGAGCGGCCAGGAGCCCGAGCAGGACUGCGUGGUCUCCUCGGGGGAACUGUCUUCGGGCCAAGAGGAGGCUGCCGAGGAGCGGCCGGCGGGGACUCUGGGAGGCGCCCUGGAGCUGCUGCCCCCCAGCCCCGCCGCCUCCCCCCAGCCCUCGGCCAGGUGCCCGCCCGAGGCGCGGUGA